AUGAAGAGUCUCAGGCGCGAUUUCUCUGGAGACCCUUCCACUGCAAAUGUGACCAGCAAAGUCUUCGUCCGGUCCACAAAAAGUGGAAAGGUGCAAAAGAUUGUUCGCGAGCUUUACCUCAGACAGGAUAUUCCUUGCUCAUCGAGGUUAUGUACGAUAUGUCCGUCGGUCGCACCGACAGAUGCAAAUGGAAACAUUGUACCAUUCGUUCUCUCCGAGCAACCCGCCGGCACAACCGCUUUCCCUCGCGGGCACUACAUCGUCCCCGAUACGAAUGCGCUUUUGAAUGGCAUGGACCUGUUCGAGCAUACCGGAGCUUUCUACGAUGUGAUAAUCCUUCAGACUGUUCUCGAAGAGCUUAAGAACCAGUCUCUUCCACUGUACAACCGCUUGCUUGCGCUGAUCAAAACGGACGAGAAACGAUUUUACCUCUUCUUCAACGAGUUCCGCCUUGAAACACAUGUUAGGAGGGAGCAGGAUGAGUCAAUAAAUGACCGAAAUGACCGAGCCGUGAGAACCGUCGCAAAAUGGUACAUGGACCACCUGCGCGCAGUCACGAAGAGCAAGAAGGAGAAGUCUGUGCCGGCUAUCGUGGUUAUUACGGAUGACAAGGAGAACCUGCGCAAAGCAAAGGAGGAGAAUGUGACCGCUUUGUCAUUGGAAAACUACGUCAGUGGACUGGAGGAAGCGGAUCGAUUGCUCGAUAUGAUCAACGAGUCUAGAGAAGCAAGAGAAGCGAAGGAGGCUCGCGGAGAACUCUUUUACCCAGAGUAUUACUCAAUGUCGAAGAUGAUGACAGGCCUACGGGCCGGAAACCUCCACCAAGGAGUUUUUAAUGUCUCGCCAUACAACUAUCUCGAAGGGCAAAUCAAGGUAGCGGCAUUCGAUAAGCCACUCAUCAUCAUGGGCCGUCACAACAGUAACCGAGCCAUUUCCGGAGAUGUCGUUGUGGUUGAAGUUCUACCCAAGGACCAAUGGAAGUCACCCUCGACAAAGAUUGUGGACGAAGAAGUCGUAACGAAGAAUGACAACCCCGAGGGCGAGGACAACGAAGCUGUCGUCACUGAGAGGGAGCGGAGAGCUUUACAAGAGGAGGUUAGGCAAGCGCAUGGGAAGAAUCUGGAGGGUCGGCCGCAACCGACGGCGAAGGUUGUGGGCGUCGUGAAGCGAAAUUGGCGCCAAUACGUCGGAACCGUUGAUUCAACCUCUACAGGCUCUCAAACCUCUGGGCGCAGACAGCAAAAUGUUUUCGUUCUCCCGAUGGAGAAAAAGGUCCCGAAGAUUCGAGUCCGAACGCGGCAGGCUGCGGAUCUGUUGGGUCAAAGGAUUCUUGUCACAAUCGAUGCUUGGAACCGCGACUCACGAUACCCGACCGGACACUUCAUUCGGUCACUGGGAGAGUUGGAGACAAAAUCUGCCGAAACAGAAGCUCUGCUCCUCGAGUGGGAUGUGCAGUACAAGCCGUUCCCGAAGUCUGUAUUGGACUGCCUGCCCUCAGAGGGCCACGAUUGGCGUGUUCCCCAAAGCACAGACGACAUUGGUUGGAGAGGGCGAAGGGAUCUCCGAGAUCUUCUCAUUUGCAGUAUUGAUCCUCCAGGUUGUCAAGAUAUUGACGAUGCGCUUCAUGCGCGGAAGUUGCCGAACGGCAACUUUGAAGUGGGUGUUCACAUCGCAGAUGUCUCUCAUUUCGUGAAGCCGAACAAUGCCAUGGAUCUCGAGGCUAGCGUUCGUGGAACAACAGUUUACUUGGUGGACAAGCGUAUCGACAUGCUUCCGCACCUUCUCGGUACAGAUCUUUGCUCCCUUAAACCAUAUGUAGAGCGCUAUGCCUUUUCAGUUCUGUGGGAAAUGACGCCGGAUGCAGAAGUUGUUUCCGCUGACUUCACGAAAUCUGUGAUUCGAUCGCGUGAAGCCUUCAGCUACGAACAAGCCCAGCUACGGAUCGACGACCCUUCAAAGACAGACGAACUGACACAAAGCAUGCGUACUCUCCUGCAUCUCUCUAAGAUCCUGCGCCAAAAGCGUAUGGAUGCUGGUGCCCUGAACCUUGCAUCGCCAGAAGUCCGCAUCGAAGCAGACAACGACGAGGUCGGCGACCCCCUCGCAGACGUCAAGACCAAAGCGAUGCUCGCAACAAACAGCCUCGUCGAAGAAUUCAUGCUUCACGCCAACAUCACCGUCGCCGCCAAGAUCUACAGCACAUUCCCACAAACCGCCAUGCUCAGACGACACGCUACACCCCCACCCCAAAACUUCGAAGAACUCAUCAACCAGCUCACCAAGAAGCGUGACAUGCGCCUCGAAGUCUCCAGCUCUGGUGCUCUUGCCGACUCACUUGACCGUUGCACCGACGCCGAAAACCCCUUCUUCAACACCCUCGUUCGCAUCCUCGCAACCCGCUGCAUGACAUCCGCAGAGUACUUCGGCGCCGGUGCGCACGCAGAGUCCGAGUUCCGCCACUACGGUCUUGCCUCGCCCAUCUACACACACUUCACAUCCCCAAUCCGCCGAUACGCCGAUCUCCUCGUCCACCGCCAACUCGCAGCUGCAAUCAACUACGAGGGCGAAGACGGUCGCGCCACAAUUGAGGGCUCCAUUACGCGGAACCGCCUCGAGGACAUCUGCCGCAACAUCAACUACCGCCACCGCAACGCGCAGCACGCCGGCCGCGCCAGCAUCGAGUACUACGUCGGCCAGGCCCUCAAGGCCCGCAGUGAGAAACUUGCCGCCGACGGCGUCGACAGCGGUAUCGAGGAAGACGCGUAUGUCAUGCGCGUCUUCGAGAAUGGUGUUGUGGUCUUUGUGCCGCGCUUUGGUAUUGAGGGCGUCGUCAGACUCGAGGAUUUUGUUCUACCCAGUGACGAGGCGCUACGCGCUGUUGAGGAGCGCAGGGAGCUUGUUACGCGGCGCGAGAGUGACUUUGACCCGGAGGAGUAUACCCUCAAGGUCUCUGAUAAGGGACAACAGGAGCGAUCAGUGUGUGUGGAGCUCUUCCAGAGGGUUAAGGUUAAUGUUAGUUCUGUGAAGGAGGAGACUGGACGCGGCGUUGGCAAGAGGAGAGUCAGAAUCCUGAUCCUCAACAAAAAGAAAUAA